AUGGUUUUCGAGUUUGAAGGCAAAAAGUACAGCACAGCUUCCAAACACCACGCCAACCUACGGUUUUGUGUCCCGUUCCUCCAUGUAUCAAAUGAAACCCACGUGGCAGCGUAUUACAAAUUCACCGCUCACUCCACGUGUCAUGCUAUUCUGUACCGUAGCCACGGGGACAACACUGCUUCUGUUGAACAUCAUUGUCUUUAUUGGAAUUUAUUACCAAGCGAACGAUUCUCGACGUAUACUUGA